AACACUUUAAAGAUUUUUCUCAUGCUGUUGGACUUAAAUCUUUAUCAAGUAAAUUUAGAGUACGCAUAGAAUAACUACCUACCUACCUAUCCACGAAAUGUUUUUGGCGGCCUUUUUGGUCGUCUCGUUCUUGGCCUUUGCUGGGCAUGCGUCGGCGGCAACAUGGUAUUUCCUCCGGUACUAUCCGGCGUCCGGGCAGAAGUUCACGUCGUUCUCCGGCGAUAUGACGAUCCCGGCUCUGCCGAAAGCUGGGACGUACUACUUGUGGCCGGGACUCCAACCUACUGACAAUAGUGGUGUAUAUCAGAACGUACUUGACGGGAGAAGCGGAACGUGGUGGAUCGGAUCAGGAUGGUGUUGUUCGAACCCUAGCCUUCCAUGGGGAAGCGGUUUUAACACUUACGCCAACGAAGAGGUCACGUUUGACAACAAGCUCGACAGUAGCGGCUCGACGUGGACGUCAACUCUAACCCGGCAGUCUACGGGUCAAAAGGUGACGGACAGUUUCCCGUUAGCCGGUAAAUCGUUUAACCAAGCAUUAUUUGCCAUCGAGCUUACGGGUGUCGACUGGGACUUUGGUCCGCUUGCGUUUUCGAAUAUCGUAAUUACAAGCACCGGUACCGACUCGAGCUGGUGCAACACAAAGCCUGAAAAUUACAAUGGAGCAAGCGUAUACUCUAUCAGCGGUCUGAGUGCAAGUGUCAGCGGCAAUACGGUGACCUGCAAAAUCAAUUCUGUGAUUCUUCAGAAACCAGCUUAG